GCGCUCUCCGUCCUCCGCCUCGCCCUGCCGUGCGCCGCCCUCGCGGGCCUGCCGAAGGGCGCGCUCGCCGUCAAGCAGAGGUUGUUGAACGAGGCGGAGAGAAGAGCGGUCUACAAGACGGACUCGGAUUCCGAGGUCUCCACCGAGGACAUGAUGCAGAUGCUUUCGGCCCUGCAGGAUUCUCUCCUGGAGAACUCUUCCGGGUUCCAGGAGAACAUCGAUGCGAGCAUCGGGGAGAUGCAGGCUGCGAUCGUCGUCGCCGUCAUUGUGGCAGCCCUGGUCUCCAACUUCUCCCAGCGGACCAGGGAGCUGGACGUCGGCCUAGUGCGGCUCAGCCGUGGCAUCUCGGCGCAGGACUUUGUUCCGCUCCUGGCCAACUACUUCAACCUGACGCUGUCUUCGCAGGUUGCCCACGACAACGAG